UCAGAAAUUGAAACAAGUACAACGUAAAGAAUUAAAUUUUUAUCUGGCCAAUCAAGCCUUACCACAUUUCUUUCACAGAAAAUUACGAUCAAUUGAUAAUUUUGGUUUUGUAAAAGCUAACGAAGUUCGAAACAUUUUAUUCUAUGGUUUAUUACCACAUCUGAAUUGA